AUGAGUAUAAGUCUUCGUCAAAAACUAAGAGAUUUAAAUAAACAAAAAGAAGAAUUUGAUCAUCAGGAUCAAAAUGUUGAUUUGCACAAAUCAACAACCACGGCGCCGGUUCAAACGAAAAAAACUCCUGUUAAACAACAAAUAUUGCACCCAAAAUCAUUGAAUAUCAAUAAUCCAAACGCUACUUUAACCACGGAAGAAUUUCAUCGUCGCGAACAAGAAUUCAAUGAUGACAUGCAACGUGAGUGCGGACAAAAUGCUGAAUGGAAAAAGAUUCAACAGAACACAUUCACACGAUGGGCGAACGAACGUUUGAAACUAGUUCAUCGACACAUCGACAAUUUACAAACUGACCUCAGCGAUGGACUGAAUCUGAUCGCUUUAAUCGAGAUUUUAGUCAAGAAAAAACUACCACGAUAUAACCAACGUCCACAAUUUCGUUCACAAAAAUUAGAAAAUGUCUCUGUUGUACUUGACUAUCUUGAAAACGUGGAAAAACGACGUUUAGUUAACAUCGAUGCAUCAGAUAUCGUUGAUGGAAAAAUCAAGUUAAUUCUCGGACUUCUGUGGACAUUAAUUUUACACUAUUCAAUUAGUUUACCUGCUUGGGAAUUGCCGAAUGAGAGAAGAGAAACAAUUCAAAAUGUCAAACCAAAACAAAAACUAAUGACUUGGCUGCAAGCGAAACUAUCAUCACAACUCAAUAUUGUUAAUUUCACUUCUGAUUGGAAUGAUGGACGAGCAAUUGGAGCUGUACUUAAUUCAUGUUAUCCAGGUUUGUUUCCUAAUUGGGCGGAUCGGGACCCAAAGAAUGCCUUGGAAAAUGCAAAAGAAGCAAUGGAUUUAGCUGAACAAUGGCUUGGCAUUCCACAGUUAAUUCAACCACAUGAAAUGAUCAACCCACAAGUUGAUGAACAAUCGAUGAUGACAUAUUUGUCCCAAUAUCCCAAUGCUAAACUGAAACCUGGUGCACCUGUUAAGCCAAAAAACCACGCUAAUCAAGUUCACUGUUACGGCCUAGGUCUUGAGCAAACGGGACAUCUUGUUGAUAAACCAGUUAUUUUUCAUAUUGAGACUUGUGCAGCUGGUUUAGGUAAAGUUGAUGUGAUUGUUGUCAAUCCAAAUGGACAAACUGAAGAAUGCACGAUCGAAUUUCGCGAAGAUAUAAAUCGAACAUACGAUUGUGUUUUCUAUCCGAGUUUUCAAGGAGAAUAUAAAAUUAUCAUCACAUUUAAUGACCAAGAAGUACCACAUUCACCUUUUCUAAUAAACGUUCAUGGAACGGAAGCCGUUCCUGAAAUUCGAAUCGAACAUGACGACGAUGCUGAUGAGGUUGAUUCACCAGGCAAUGAAAUCACAACUCCUGAUAACGAACAACCAGUCUAUGAAAAUAUCAUUCGUGAACAACGAGAUUCCACUGAAAUCAAGAUUACAAAUUUGGACGAAGAGAACGGAAAUAUUAUUUUACGAGAAGACCAUAUUUACCAUGCUUAUCAAACAAAUAUUGCAUCUAUACAAGACCACCAACUUCGUCGACAGAUUUCUACACGUUCUAUAUCAGAUCCAACAUUGAAUAAGCACACAUUUUUCUCUCCCAUAAAACCACCGCGAACUUAUUGUCAUGAUGAAGAUGAAGACGAAUUGGAAAGUCAAUCACCACUUGUUUAUAGUUUAACCGACUAUCGUCUGAAGCAAAAACGUCCUGAUGGAUGUGAUCUUUCUUUACCCACUCAACCGAAUGCAAUUGUAACAAGUUCGACAACACUAAAUUCAACAAAUUCCUUGUCAAAUGAUGACACUACACACGAAAAUAAACGGCUAACAUCAAAAUGGUUGAUUAUCGAUGAAAUCAAUCGUUUGACUGAUCUGUCGAAAAGAGAAACAUCAACAUUAACUCAAACGUCACAUGCGCUAAAAUGUUGCUCGAAUGAUCCACAUGCCGCUCUUUCCGAUAAGAAAAUCGAAUGUGAACGUGUCAUUUUCAUGGCUCGUCAGAAAUUAACAUCAUAUAAUAGUGAAAUCAAACAUUUGGAAAAUCUCGAUCCAGAUAGUGAAUACUAUUCAUCAGAUAUUUCGCAUAGUACAUUGAUUUUACAAGAUAUUCGUCUCGCAAUUAAAGAAGAUUAUCUACGAUCGUUGCGAAAAGGAAAAGAAACGAAGUUUUACUUUUUUAUGUGCGCGGUUCAUUAUCGAUCGCAAACACUUUUUUCGCACAUGGUUUCAUCAUUUGAUACCUUACAAACCAAUGGACAAGUGAUCUUUUCCAAUCGGAUGAUUAUCCGAGAAGUGGAGAGCAACUUUGCAGCUACGAUCGGUGUUUAUUGCAUGGAAAUCACAAUGAAACAUCCAAUCACUGGACUUGACCAUUCACCUGUUGUUUGCCCGCAUCAUCACGUUUCAUCAUCAGCGAACACCAGUCAAUGUAUGAAAUGUGAUAAACAACGAUUGAAUUCUACCGUGUCAAUACCUGGUCAACAUUCGAAAACAAAUACAAUGAUUCGUGUGAGCAAUUUUUUUCAAGUUGAUGCUAUUACUAUUCGUAAAGAAGAUCUUAAAACACAGGAAUUCCUUCUUUCGAUUUCAUCGGCAUCAAUUCCAUUGAAACAUAAAUUACACGUAAUAUUACAACGUCUAUCCGAAUUGAAAAUUCGUAAAGCUGGCUAUCUAACAAUCUAUUGCGAUAUCAGUGGAUCUGGCGUGUGGAUUCGUCGAUGGUUCACUUUAACUAACGAGCAAAAUCUUCGCUAUUGGCCAUCACCCGAAGACGAAGAGAACAAUAUACCACCAGCAGGUGAAAUUGAUCUACACCAUUGUAUUGAUCAAACUGUAAGUGUCUUACAACGAGAAACAUGUGCACGACCACAUACAUUUGAACUACGUAUUGCUGUUCCAUUGAAAAAAUCGAACGAAUACGGACAGAACGAAGAUCAUCCAAGUAGUUCAAUCAUCGCCCAACCAUUUGGUAAACGUACUUUGUAUCGGUAUUGGUUAAGUGCUGAUUCACGAGAAGACCGUAACGAUUGGUGCAACAUACUUAAUCAAAUCUUAGGCGAUUUACGCGAAUGGGAAGUGAACAUUUAA